UACUGUGAGAAAAAAAUAAAGCUGGCUUGCAGAAACAGAGCAGCGAAGAGGAUAAGGCGACCUGCGUGUCCGGCUGUCCCCAUCCCCCCUCCUCGCUUCUUCAGAGAGCGCGCGCGAGAGAGACGGAGAAGCAGGGGAGCCAAAAACCCAACCCCAAAGCCCAAGCCAGAGAGCAAGGACUCGCGAUGAGGCCCGCCGCCGCCGCCAGCACCGGCGGGUUCCAUCUCGUGCUCCCCGCGGCGCACAGGCCUCCUCCUUGUCUCCCCAGCAGCAGUAGCCGAAGAGGAGUAAGGAUACGACUAGCAGCGGCGGCGCCAGCAGGCGGCGCGCUGCUGGGGCGUCCCCUGGAGGACGUGUACAAGGUGCGCGUGGAGCGCGGCGAGGUGGCGCGGGCGCGGGUGGAGGCGCUGCGGGUGAUGGAGACGUGGUCGUCGUGGCGCACGGGCGGCCGGUGCCGGAUGCCGUGGGACUGGCAGGUGGACCAGCUCGUGUACGUCGUGUCCGGGGAGGUCAAGGUCAUCCCCGCCGGCGCCGUCCACGGCGACGACUACAUGCACUUCGUGGCCGGGGAUUUGGUCAGGUACCCGCGCUGGUUCGAGGCCGACCUCUACUUCGACGGCCCGUACGAGGAGCGCUACCGGUUCCUCGCCUACGGAGACGACAACUAGUCUAGAGCAGGAUAGGGAGCUGCUUUCUGGAUUUCAGCUCUGUCAGCGCUUAUUUGUUGCCUAGAUUAUCUAUCUAUCUAUCGGCAAAUGUAUGCCGUUCUAAAUAAUCCUCUGUAACGUAUUGGUGUGACGAUGAAGAACUGGUAAUCAGGCACGGAAAUAAGCCAAUCAUUCCAAUGUUUGCGAUUUUAUAAUUUAGUUCCUCCAAACUUCUGAAUUGACUA